AUGGCAGAAGCAGCAGCGAGGUAUGCUGUUGUUACAGGGUCCAAUAAGGGAAUUGGAUUGGAAACAGUUAGGCAAUUAGCUUCGAAAGGUGUUAAGGUGGUGCUAACAGCAAGAGAUGAGAAGAAGGGUCUUGAAGCAGUUCAAAAACUAAAAGAUUCUGGUCUCUCUGACCUUGUCAUUUUUCAUCAACUUGAUGUGGCUAACCCUGGCUCUAUUGCUUCUCUGGCAGAUUUCAUCAAAACCCAGUUUGGGAGACUUGAUAUCUUGGUGAACAAUGCAGGGAUUGUUGGAGCCACAGUAGACUAUCAUGAUUCCUCGCGUUCAAUCAACGCAAAAUUUAUGGCAAGUGUCACACGACUCACACCCCAAACCUACUAUAAGGUGCAGGAAAGGCCAUCAACAGAGCCUAAAAAAUCUACUCAAACAUAUGAGUCAGUAAAAGAAUGUGUGGAAACAAACUACUAUGGUGCUAAGAGGACAACAGAGGCUCUUAUUCCCCUCCUUCAAUUAUCUGACUCGCCAAGAAUUGUUAAUGUGUCUUCUCCGCCUCGAAAUUUGUGGUGGUAUGACAUACCUAACGAAUUGGCGAGAGGAGUGUUUACUGAUCCAAAGAACCUUACAGAAGAGAAUGUGGAAGAGGUGUUGAGUGAGUAUCUAAAAGACUUCAAAGAGUGUUCCUUGGAAACUAAAGGAUGGGGUCAUUCAUCUGCUUAUGUACUCUCCAAAGCAGCUCUGAAUGCCUACACUAAAAUUCUAGCCAAGAGGUAUCCGAGUUUCUGCAUCAAUUGUGUCUGUCCUGGCUUCGUUAAAACCGACAUAAACUGGAACACCGGCAAGAUACCUGUUGAGGAAGGUGCUGCACAUCCUGUGAGGUUAGCGCUGCUGCCCAAAGGCGGUCCUUCUGGCCUUUUCUUUGUUCAGCAAGAAGUGUCACCAUUCUUAUCCUAGAUAGUCCAUUUAUAUAGAUGAAUAAGAAAACACAACUUGUGAUCUGUGGUUUUCAGUGCACUUUCCCGUAAUUUAUAUGAAAGAUUACGAAUUUCUUGUCGAAGUUAAAAACACCGAUUUGGGGGGGG